AUGGAGCCCCUUCAAAAGCUCGUCGCCUACAAACUUGACAAAAUCCAGCGCCAGUCUAUGACCGAUCAUGACAUUGCAAGACCCAAACUUGCUCAAGUGCCUUCAAACUCCCAUCCCAUAUAUGACCUCCGAACGGAUUCAGUUCACGAAAUCGAAGAUCCCAUCGACACCCUAGAAGGCAAUGAACCUCGCCACACAGCCAACGGAUUCCUCCUCGCAAGCAGUGUCCCCGCCACCGGCACCAAAGCACCCCAGACCCCAGGACGACGAUACACCAUCGACUACUUCCUCAAACCCUCCCCCAACACCUGCGAAGCAAUCAACCACUACCCAACCCCAACCGCACCUCCCAUCAUCCCACCCAUCACCUCCGCCUGCCUCCAACCCAUCACCCCCUCCCCCAACCCCCCUCCCACCCUCAUCCUCGAAACCGCCAACUCCUCCAUCACCCCCUCCGACUACACCACCAUGACCUCCACAGGCUAUGCCGGCUGGCUAACCCAAGACGCGCUCUCCCUCUCCCUAGACCUCCUCUCGCAAUUCCUCUCCUGCCCCACCCACUCCAUCCUCCUCGCAAACGCAGAGUACGCCCGACACUGCCACACCAUCGGCCAACCCUCGCACCCCGCCUCGGACAUAAAAGGCUACGAACACGUGCUCGCCGCUCUCACCCCCGCAACCCACAUCUUUCUCCCCAUCAGCGACGGCUUCUUCGCCACCACCUCCGACAGCGCAGACCCAGUCGGAACACACUGGACGCUCCUGUACAUCACCCGCAGCACAGAAGGCACCCACACGACGCUCAAAGCCCUGUCCUUCGACUCCCUGACCGGCCCGAACCCGAGCACGGACAAUCAGAACCACGAAGCGUCCCUCGCCGUCGUCGCGGGCGUCAAGAAAUUGCUGUCCUACUCCCCCCCAACGCAGACGAGGAGGAGGCGGAGGGGGGAGCCGAGGCCGCCGAGGCCGAAGGUGACGACGUCGUUGAAGCAGGUGCCCUCGCCGAGCCAGUCCCGACACAACGCGGCGGCGAGGAAGGACGGCAGGUCGGCGUGUGGGCCGUUUGUGUGGGGUAUGACUGCGUUUUUGGCCCGGGCGAUCGUCGAGCAUGCUGAGGGGGAGAAGGGGGGAGAGGUGUUGGAUGUGGAGGCGUUUUUGGAUGGGGAGUUCCCGGGGAGGUGGGGCGCGUUUUGGGAUUCGAUCGAGACGAGGGGGAGGAUUAGGGGGAUGGUGCUGAGGGAGAUGAGGGAGAGGGUUGAGCGGUGUGGGAGUUGGGAGUGGGGGGAGUAUUCGAGGUUUCUUGAGGGGGAAGGGGUGAGGGUUGGUGGGUAG